GGUCCCACGGUAUAUUUUAUCGACAAUUCCGCUGUCACACUGCUUUCGUGGUUUUUUAUAAAUGAUUUAAAUUGUCACUAAUUCCGAACGCAUACAAAAAGUUAACCUACACGUAAAGGAGAUCCCUGAGAAGAACCCCCACGUAGCUGCAUCAAGGCAAGAUAUGCAAAUAUGGAUUUUCACAUACUGAUCGUCAUUGGUUGUGUGAUCAGCGCCUCCCUGCUCUCCUUCCUGUUCAUCAAUAAGAUAUUCAGGCGCAAGACCUUCGAGGAGGUUGUCGCCGAGAAGCGCGCCCUCAGCGCCAAUCUGUACAAGGCCGGCGGCGGUGCAGCGGCCAGCAAGAAGCCCAAGAAGAAGGAACUGAAGCGCGAGAAGAAACAGAGACAGAGGGAGCAGCAGCGAGAUGCCAGCCACGACCCCGAGGAGGACUACUCCGAUGGCCAGCAGUCCGAAGAGCAGGGUUCUGUAGACGAGGGGCCCGGCUUGUCCAAGCAGCAUGUGGAAUUCGAGCCCGAUGCAGAGAUCAUGAACGAGCAGCGUAGGUCCAGCAAUGCUGCCGAAAAGGAGAACGUUCCCCUGGGCAAGAAGAGCAAGAAGGAGAAGCGGAAUGCUGGCAAGAGCGGAGCCGCAGCAGCAACCGCUCCUGUCGCUGGCAUUUUGGUCAAUAAAAAUGAGCCGGUGGCCGUCAAGCCGCUCACUGCAGAAGAGACUCCCACGCUGAACAGCUUCGAUGUUCGUGCACCCAAGGAUGUGGUCGAAUUGAAGAAGCAGGAGCAGAAGGAACGCAAAGAGGACAACAACAACAAGCAGCAGGCACAGAAGAAGAACGGAUCCGGCAACGUGGCCAAGAAGGAGAAGCCAUUAGUCACAGCAGGUGUACCACCCACUGCCACUGUCUCUGACCAGGAGCCACCGUCCGUGCCCAAGCAGAUACUGAAGCAGCAGCAACAGCAGAACGGCUCACCCAAGACCCAGAACAACCAAGUGAACAACAAGACCAAACAGCAACAUCAGCAGCAGCAGCACAAGAAGCAAAAGGAGUCGCUGACGGCCAAGGAACUGGCACAGGCAUUGGAGAAACUGGCCGAGCAUCAGAACCAGACGAUUGGUGUGUCCGCCCUCAUGAAUGUCUUCUCCCGGGCCGAGUUGAAUCGUUCCGAGAUUCAGAUUUUGAUCGAUUAUCUGCUAAACAAGCAGCAGGAUAUGCCCGCAUCGCAUGCCGAGUGGUCGGAUGAUAUUUGCCAGAAGUUGAAGCGCCAGCUGGAGGAAAAGGAGAAGCUGCUCGCCGAGGAGCAGGAGGCCUCCAUUGGCAUUCAGGCCAAGCUGCGCGAACUGCGCCAAGAGGUCAACACGGAGCGCGCCCAGAUGCAUGGACGCAUUCAGGCCUACAACGAUAAGCUGCAGGGCAAGGAGCAGGAGUUGUCUGCCGUCAACCAGGAGUUGUCCAGUCUCAAUGAUAAGUUGACCCUUGAACGCCAGCAGUUCCAGACCUUGCUGAGGGAAAAGCAGGCCACUUCGCAGGACUUGGUGCCCCAGUUGCAGCGCCUGCAGCAGGAUUUGGCACACAAGGAGAAGUGCUUGGCCGAUAUGACUGCCUUCGUGAGCGCCGAGACGCAGCAAAAGAACGAGUUGAUCCAGCAGCAGGCCCAGCAGCUGCUGGCCCUCGAGCAGCAGCGCGACGAACUGGAGGCGCGCCAAAACAACAGCAUCUUUGAGCUGGAGCAGCGCAAGCACCUGGACGCUGAGAAUGGCGAGCUUAAGGUGGAGCUGCGCAAUCUCCACAAUGCGCUAGAAUCGGCCAAGGCCGAUCUGGCUCACGCCCAGUCGGAGCUGACGCAUGUGCGGGGUGGCGAGCUGCAGGAACUUCGCCAGCAGGCGGCCUCAUUGGAGGCCAACAAUCAGAAACUCAACCAGCAGCUUAGUCAGGCCACCAGCAGCGCCGUGCAGGCGACGGCCGCCCAAUCGGAGCAGGCCCAGGUCCAGUCCGAUGCCCUGGCCAAGAAGCACCAAGAGCUAAGUGCUCUGAGGGCACAGUACGGCUCGCUAACCGAGGCCCAGGACAAGCAGCAGGCACAAACCAGCAGCCUGCAAUCGCAGGUGCAGGAGUUGCAACAACGCGCCGAGCAGUUGGUGGCAAGGGAGAAGCAGCUGCAGCUGGAGCUGCAGGAACAGCGCGAGAAGAAUAAUGAGGUGCGUAUGAAAAAUUGGAAGUUGAUUGAAGCGUUGCAAAAUGCCGAAGCAACAGCAACCGCCAAGACGAAAACAAAUACCAAGCAAUCCGUAGGCCAACAAGAGAAGGAUCUGCAACAGCAGCAGAAGGAUCUGCAACAGCAGCAGAAGGAGCUGCAGCUGCAACAGCAAAAGUCCGUGGCGGCUGCUGCCAAUGGGGCAAGCGCCUCCGCCAAGAGCGAACAGCAGCGCAUACGCGAUCUUUACCAGCGUCUCUACCCAGAUGCGGUGAAAGCGCAAGCGGCCACGGCUCUGCAAGCCUCCUUCGAUCAGUGGCUGGAGCAGGUUUUGGCCACACACAUCAAGCAGCAGCAGCUGGAGCUGGAGAGGAGGGCUGUCCAGAACAGUAGUAAUAAGUCCACACAAUCAAACAAUAGUAGCAGUAGCAACCACAAUAGUAGCAGCACCAGCAGCAGCAUCCACAACAAUAUUAGUAGCAAUAAUAGUAGUUCGAAUAGCAAAUCCUCCUCCUCCUCCGCCGCCGCCUCCAUAGCUGAGCAGCAGCAGCUACAGCAACAGCAGCUGGAGCUGCACAAACAGAACCUGCAGCUGCGGGAAACGAACGAUAAGCUCACGCAGCUGGUCACCAAAACGACCAACACGUUGAUGGACCUGGAGGAGCGUGCACGGGAGCAGGAUGAGCAUUGGCGUGGCAUUGUUAACCAGAAGGAGCAGCAGAUUACCAAGCUGCAACAGCAUGUCUCAAAUGGCGAGCAGGACAUUUAAUGUCGCUGAGGAGGCAGGAGAAGAAGCCCUACAACGACUAUAAAUGACAAGCAACCACACACGAGUUUGUCCAAACUUCCAUAACAACAACAACAACAAACAGCAACAGCAAACAAAAUUCUAACAAUUAUAUUAAGUUGAAAGAGAGGAGCCACCACCCCAGCACACACAGAAAAUAUUAAAUGAAUGAAAGAACUUAGUACGGGAAUGCUUUAAGAACUUAUCUACAGCAAAGAAACAAAGCAAAAGUAAAUUAAUAAAACAAACAAAAAAACGACUUGUGCAAUGUUAAAGGAGAUUUAAAGAAAAAGAAGAGAAACAACGGAAAUCUUAGCCCUCCCACACAACGACAAAAUCCAUUUCUGCUGCUGCCCCACCCCAAAGUGGGAAAUUAACUAAUUAAUUACUAUUAUUAUGAUUAUUUAACCAGAAAGGCCGUAUGCGAAUGCGAAUAUUAUUUGUGUUGAACUUGCAUUUAAAACAAACAACAAAAAACGCGCUAUAAACAAUUGUAUAUGUAUAUGUAUCUUAUGUUUAAGCAAAUGAAUUUACACAAACACAAACAACAAAACUACUUAAAAGGCAAUUCUAUACAAGAAAUAAACAAAUUAUACACAACCUAUAACUAAACACUAAAUUUAUGUAUCUAUGUGUAUGAGCAUGAUGUAAAAUGUAUAUUUUUUUUCCAUGUUUUUCUUCAGUUUUAAAUUCAAUUGAAUUGUGCAGCAAAAAAAAAGCAUUGAAAACCCGCAGCAGCAUGUGGUUGGUCCAUCCCACAAAAAACAGCAAAACAUUUAAUUAAGACGUAAACUAUUUUUAUAUA